GCUGCUCACACGCUUUUGCGCUCACUCGCUGCAGGCAUUCGCUGGAACCUGUGCGAGCAUCUGAGAGUGCUCAUUCGCUGUGUUCGCUUGCAUACAGGCGCUCCUUGUGCACCGGCUCGCGGUGCCGCCGCUGCACUCAGCGCUGCACAUCAGCAACUCGCAGCUUGGCAGAGCUGCGUCCCGUCGGGGCCGCAGUCGAAUACACAUCAAAGUGAUAUAGCGCGCCCUCGUAGAACAGCAGACCGCCGAACAAAACGCAGACGAGCUGCAACACGUAAAAAGACGAUGCCCAAGCCCAGCAACAGGAUGGGCCACGGCUUGGAAGUCGGCUUCUGCGACUCCAAUGGAAAUGGCUUUUCGACGAAGCAGCCCGCCGACCAUAUUGAGAGGUGGUCGCUGCCGCGCGACAACGGCACCCAUUUAGUGAUUCCGUGGCGGCCCCAUGCUCGAGCCUGCGGCCGAAACGUCACGUCCUACGACGUCGACGUGACGACGUCCGCUUCCUUCCUCAACUUCUUCGUGAAUGCGUUCGGUUCCUUCCCCCAAGACAUGUGCGACCCCCGCGGCAGUAAAGCGCGGGAAGCGACGUCCGCGUCGGCGCCGACCUGUUCCGCCUACGAGAAGAGCUGCGAGAAGAACGAGCGCCUCGCGACCUUUAUCGUGCCGCGAGCGUUGCGCAAGCUCACUCUCUUAGAUGUCGAAGUCACGGUCCGAGCCUACGGCUCGCUCGCGCCCCUCGGCAAACCGCAAGAGAAAGGUGAGAGAGUGGUGCAUUGGUGCCACAAAUACCGGAAGGCGCGGGACUUCGAGAAACUGCGGCCCUGGCGGAACCGCGCGUUACCUCAAGAUUCGGAGUCUUUGAUACAACGCGCGUACCUCGAGCAUCAUAGAAGGAUGACUCGUCUAGAACCGGGGUUCUUGGUGCUUUCGGUCCUCGUGUACUGCUUCUUUCGAAAGCGGCACCGGAAGUCGAUGGUCGUCGAUUUGGUCAAACUGUCGCUCGGCGUCGCGGCGCCGUGCUUGUUCGUGCUGCUGGCGCGGUCGGCGCCCAUCGAGGACCUGGCGCUGGGCGCGCCGGAGCCGCCUCUACUAGUGCUGGCGUUGCUGGGCCAGGCUAUGAUAGCGUAUAACCGUUGGCCGUCGCUCGUCGGCGCGGUUCGGAGCCAGCGUCUUGAUUCGCCGUCGCGUCGAUGGCGUGGAGGGGCACGCCAUCGAGCCGACGCGCACGCAGGUCGCGGCGCGCAACCGCGCCGUGCAACGCGAAAAGGAGGCCAAGGACCGCGUCGCGAACGCAAACGUAUUACGACGCAAGUCCGAGCAGGUCGUGGUCGAGACCCUAAAACCCAGGGAAGAGGACGACAGCGACACGGACACCGACGACGACGACGAAAAUCUAAACGCGUUGGACGACUGGCUCGCGCGGCCCGCCGACCAGAAGGCUCCCGUGCCGACGGAGGCCGUCGAUGAGGUCUCCCCGUACGCGCUCGUGGCGUAUCAUGGGUUAGCAGUUUGGCGCUGGUUCUUUAUAUUGUGCUGGUGCCAGCCGGCGGCGGCGCGGGCCGUUUCUGGUUUAGUGGGGGAUGGCGCCGCGUCACUCGUCGGCUUUUUGUUCGCCGUCGGCGUCAUGGCGGGCGCGGAGCGAGCGAAGAGCCAGGAGCGUCUAUUGGAGCUCGCCGCAUUAUCUGGGUUGUGUUGCGCCUGCCGGGGCACGGCGCUGGCGGCCUGCCCUGUCGCCUUCGCCGUGGACUAUUCGGUGGGGAAUGUCGAGGCGGCGUCGUGGCGCGACGUUUGUAGGCGUCUUUUCUGCGCGCUGCUCGUCGUCGCGGUGAUCGGGUCCGUUUGUGUCUAGGAGCGCGGUAACUUUAUUUAAGUGUU